CAUCAAUAUAUCACGACAUCGAUCGGCAAUAAUUCAUUUUUAGGCAUUAUUCUAGUCCUCAUGUCGGGCAUCAUAACUCACUACAGAUGUGAAGUACUUCACGGAAAGAUAUUAGACAUGAAUGAAGUGUUUCCAGAGGAUUAUGAUAUGCUUAUGCCUCCCAAAGAUAAUGGAAUGCCUACAAAAGUUAGAUUUCAUGUUUGGGUAUUGGGCUUGGAUUCAAUAGACGAGGGAUCAAUGACAUAUGUGGCCGACAUAUUCAUGUCUCAGUCAUGGAAAGACCAUCGCCUAAGAAUACCGGAUGACAUUGCCGUCACAAACAACAACAACAACAACUACUCAACCAAAUCAUCACAAUAUAGACUAUUGCCGAUCGGUUGGAUCACCAAAAUGUGGAGACCCGACUCAUUUUUUAAAAAUGCAAAACAAGUUAUUUUCCAGGAGAUGACUAUUCCUAAUCACUAUAUCUGGAUAUAUCCAGAUAAAACAAUUUUAUAUAUGGUUAAACUAAGUUUAUUAUUGUCGUGUGCUAUGAAAUUUCAGUCCUAUCCUCACGACACACAAAACUGUACGCUAAAAAUUGAAUCCCUUUCCUAUACCACCGAUGAUCUGGUAUUUGAUUGGGAAACAGACACACCAUUGGCUGUGGACGAGUCUAUUGAGUUACCACAACACGAUCUCAUUGACAAACGUAUUGGCGAUUGUACUCAAGUUUACAGCUCCGGUAACUUUACGUGCGUUCAAGUAUUAUUUACAAUAAAAAGGAGACUGGGAUAUUAUAUAUUUCACACAUAUAUCCCGACCUGCCUUAUUGUUAUAAUGUCGUGGAUAUCAUUUUGGUUAAAGCCGGAAGCAGUACCAGCACGGGUAACCCUGUGCGUGACCUCACUGUUGACCUUGGCCACUCAGCAUGCUCAAUCGCAAAAAUCAUUGCCACCCGUUUCCUAUAUUAAAGCCAUCGACAUAUUCAUGUCCGCCUGUACACUGUUUGUGUUUGCAUCGCUCAUGGAGUAUGCAUUGGUCAACAUAUUGUUGGUCGACGAUAACAACUAUCACUACCACAACAACUUGAAUCAUAUGUCAACGUCAUCAUCGCCGACGGGUGGUAAUGGUGGCGGUGGUCAGGGGACGGGUGUGCGCUCAAACAACACGAUGUCGCCUAACUCAACAACAGGGACGGCGCCGCCUAAUUCAAAACAGCCGCAAACUGGCGCCGCCGCCGGUGGUGGCCAUCAAAACGCUACAACAAUGCCUUUAUAUACUACAGCCAAGGGUCAUCAGGGACAGUCGUAUUACAAUGGUAUGGCCAAACGGCAGCAUGAUAAAGCCUUAUUUAUUGAUUACAUUUCCCGAUGGACGUUCCCCAUGUCAUUCAUUAUACUUAAUAUUAUUUAUUGGAUUUAUUAUCUUAGUUGA